AUGAAGAGGCUAUUAUCUACUGAUGCACAAAGUAUAUUUAAUACAUUAUGUGAAGUCAUUGAACAGUAUGAAAUUCAAUGGCAAUCAGUUUCAUCGGUUUGUUUUGAUGGUGCUGCUGCAAUGUCUGGUGGUUUGAAUGGAGUGCAGGCCAAAUUUAAAGAAAAAAAUGAUAAAACAGUUUUUGUACAUUGUUACGGACACUGCCUCAAUCUGGUUUUAGUUGAUUCAUUGGGAAGACAAAAUAGAGUAACAUUCGAUUUUUUUGGAACCAUACAAUUAAUUUACAACUUUAUAGAAAGUAGUUCUACAAGACAUGCAACACUUGAAAAAGUAGCUAACUCUGCAAAUAUAAAACUAAAAACAUUAAAAUCCGUAUCAAAUACACGCUGGGCUUGCCGUGCUGAGGCUGUUUCUGCUGUAAAAUCAGACUAUGGACCUAUAUUAAUUGCAAUACAAGAAAUUGGUGAUGCUACGAAACAACUAGAUGUUAGAGCAAAAGCACUUGGAUUAAUUCAUCAGAUGAAAACUUUUGAUUUUAUAUUCGCUCAACAGAUGUUACACUCGAUUUUGACUCUUAUUUUAAAGGUAAGUAUGGCUUUACAAAGUUCAAAUUUGGAUCUUAUAACCGCAGUUUCUCUCAUAAAGUCAUUAAAAUUAUCUCUAAAGUCUAUGAGAAAUGACAAAGAUUCAUUUAAAAAUAUAUACAAUAAAACUCUAGAAAUAUGUGAAGAAAAUAACAUUUCCAUUCCUGAUGUGAAAAAAAGACGAGUGUCUUCUAAAAUUGACUAUGUAAUGAUUUCAAGUAUAAGUGAUCGCUUCAAACAAGAAACAUUAGAGUUAAUUAAAAGUGUUGGUAAUAUGCUUAAAUUAGAAACUAAUAACGAAGAUACAAUAAUCAUUGCUUCAGCUUUUAAUUUGGAAUUUCAUGGGUUAGAAUCAGAAAUUAUUUUGCUGAAAAAAUUGGAAAAUAUACCUAAAGGAAGUAACCAAAAAGCAUGUGAAGAAUGGAUACAAUGGUUGACAAAUAAUAAUUCUGAUAGAACAGCCAUAUUUAAUAAUUUUUUCAAAGCUAUUAAAUCAUUUGUAGUUAUACCAGUGACAAGUUGCUCAUGUGAGCGUUCCUUUUCAAAGCUCAGUAUUGUAAAAUCAAAACUUCGAAGCACAAUGGGGCAAGAUCGAUUAGAUGGACUGUUAACUAUGUUCAUCGAACAAGAUAUGGCUUAUAAUAUAAAUGUAGAUGAGUUAUCGAAUAUUUCAAAAUCAACACACCAGCCAAAAGGCGUAUGGAUCCCAAAUAUUGUCAAAGAUGAAAUUUAUUCAGCAGGAUGUAAUGCUCAAAAACCAAUUGAUCCCGAAGAAAAAUUCGCUGUAUUUUUAAGGUAA